AAAAGUUACAAGCUCCAAAGGUGCUAUAAAUAAAAGAACCUACUUUUUGGUUAUUAGUCUGUUUAUAACUAAGUGAAUACCAAGAUAAUAUUCAUAACAAUGGCACAAUCAGUUACCAGGGUGACAGGUCUAUUUCUUCUUUUCUUUAUUUGUUUGAUAGCAGCAGAAGAUCAUGCGGGUCUUGCAGAAGCUUUGGCAAAAUUUGAAAAAAUGGAUGGAUUCGACGAAUGUGUAAAAUCUAGCGGCGUAAAAAAGGAAGACGUUUUAGUUUUUCCACCAAAAGACACCAAUGAAGUUUUGUGCUUCUUUAAAUGUAUAAUGGACAAAUCCGGAUUGUUAAACAGCGAUGGUUCUGUAAAAAUGGAAGAAGUAGGAAAAUACUUUAAAAGUCAAUUUGGAACCGACAUGUCUGAAAAAUUUUUGGAUACUGUAAAGAAAUGUACUGACGGUACUAAAAUAAUGGAAUGUGGAGAUGUCAAGAAAGUUAACGAUUGUAUUUUUGCUUCGUUAAAAUCACCUUAAAUCUUAAAUAUAUAGAUGUAUUUUUAGGAAAUUAAAGCUGUUGUCUUUAUUUUAUAUAUUAUUUUCAUACUUUCCCUAACU